UGACUAUAGUCUACAGAUUGCUAAUUGCAUGACGGGAUGAACAACCCAGCGGGUUUUUUUCAUAUUGUGGGUGUUGUAUAUGCUGCUAUGGUAGUUUGCUCAUAGGAUGAGUGACGCUGCCCAGUAAACGCCCUCUGGGGCAAAAUUAAACUACCAGUUAAUUGGGCUGCCCGGCCACCAGGUGGCAACAUCAUGCCCGGCCUUAGUCCCAGUGACCCGAGACAGUUCACAUGUUCCCAGGCUGGUGAGCGUUGUGUGGUGGUGGUCACGAGGAGAGGGACUAGCUUCCAGUUGUACUUGUAUUUCAUCCAGAAAAAUAUACUUUUGUGGGCACAACUGUGAGCGCCGUAUAUCUAAAUAAUGGCUUAUCUGUGAUCCAUUUCAUGGCUGAAUGGGCUCCACAGUGUGAACAGAUGAAUGAUGUUAUCACUGAACUUAGUAAACAACGAGAAUUAAAGGAAGUAACGUUUGGGAUUGCGGUUGCCGAGGACAUUUCAGAUGUUAGCUUGAAGUACAACAUUUCUGCUGUGCCGACUAUUGUGUUACUCCGUGGUGGAAAACUUGUUGAAAGAGUUGAUGGUGCUAAUGCAGCUGAGCUUACUACUAAAGUGAAAACACAGGCAGCAAAGGCCUCCUUGAUGUCAACUUCACCAGUUGCACCUGUUAAAGAUCUUAAUACUCGCCUCAAACAACUAAUUAACUCUGCAAAAUGUAUGCUGUUUAUGAAGGGAUCACCAGAUGCACCAAAAUGUGGGUUCAGCCGCACAACAAUAGACUUGCUAAAUAAACACGAGGCCGAUUACUCCAGCUUUGAUAUUCUCACGGAUGAGGAAGUACGUCAAGGCCUUAAAACCUACUCAAAUUGGCCUACUUAUCCACAGGUGUAUAUUGAUGGGGAGCUUAUUGGAGGUUUGGACAUUCUGAAGGAAAUGGAUGACUCAGGGGAGUUAGGCUCUAUGCUUCCCAAGAAACAAAAGCUGGAGGAUAGAUUAAAAGUUCUAAUCAAUAAGGCACCAUUGAUGAUAUUCAUGAAAGGAGAAAGGGGAGCACCUAGAUGUGGCUUUUCAAAAACUUUGAUUGGCAUUCUCAAUGAAACUGGACUGGAGUAUGACACCUUUGAUAUCCUUACCGAUGAGGAGGUUCGACAAGGACUGAAGUCAUACAGCAAUUGGCCCACUUAUCCUCAGAUCUAUGUGAAGGGGGAGCUUGUUGGUGGUUUAGAUAUUAUCAAGGAGCUUCAGUCAUCAGGUGAACUCAUGGCAACUUUGAAAGGAGAAUAAAUGUGAAUGAAAUAUAUCUUGUUCUUGUAAGAGAACAAGAUAUUAUUUGUCCAUACAAAUUUAAACAGUAUGGACAAAUAAUAAUGAUGUAUGGAAAAUGUAAUGUAUUCUAACCAUGGAAAAAAUUAACUAUUGUAUUAAUCUUCGCAUUGUGUUGUUGCCUUUCAAUGAAAGACGUUGUUACAUAAUAAAAUCCAUGUCAGAUU